AUGAGCAGAAUUGGAGUUUUGCCUCCAUAAAAAUCAGAAUUACAAUUUACUUGGCGAUAUCUGUUCUGAAACAGAAUAGCCAAAAACCAUGGCAAUUAUGUCUAAAUUCAGUUCACCAUAUUUGCUACCUUCAACUCUUCUCGUCUUCUUCUUCAUAAUCAUUUACCUCUUCUCUUCCUUUAACUACCAAGCCCUUUUCACCCAAAACCCUUCUUCUUCAUCAUCAUCAUCAUCAUCAUCAAAAUCACACAGAAACGAUCAAACGGUUCGGCAAGAAUCACCUCCAAACCUUCACCAAGAUGGGCAUCAGAUUAUUCCAUCUUCCAAACCCAGUCAGAGCGUUGGAGAACGAGGCAACAAAAAGAGUAGUUUGGAGAAGAUUGAAGAAGAGUUGGCCAGAGCAAGAGCAGCUAUACGUGAAGCGAUUUUAACAAAGAAUUGUACAUCUGAUAGGGAGGAGAUUUAUGUUCCCAGUGGAAGUAUUUACAAAAAUCCCUAUGCGUUUCACCAGAGUCACAUAGAGAUGGUGAAGAGAUUCAAGAUAUGGGCCUACAAGGAAGGAGAGCUACCCUUGUUUCACAAUGGGCCGAUGACAUACAUCUACUCUAUUGAGGGCCAAUUCAUGGACGAAUUAGAUACCAGUGGAAAAAGCCCAUUUCUGGCCCGUCAUCCUGAUGAGGCCCAUGCAUUCUUCAUACCUGUAAGCGUGAAAAGAAUUGCUGAUUUUCUCUAUGAACGGCCUAAUCCUCACGUGUUCCACGGUCGAUUGGUCAGAAUUGUCACAGAUUAUGUCAACGUUGUAGCUCAAAAAUACCCCUUUUGGAAUAGGAGCAGUGGAGCUGACCAUUUUAUGGUCUCUUGUCAUGAUUGGGCGCCAGAAAUUGUAUAUGAUGACCCUAAGUUCUUCAAGCAUUUUAUGCGUGUGCUAUGCAACGCCAACAUUUCAGAAGGAUUUAUGCCCAUAAGAGAUGUCUCAUUGCCAGAAUAUAACUUACCAAUGAAAAGUGACAAUCUCGGACCACCCCGCCUAGGCCGCCCCGCGGAAGACCGCCCAAUCCUCGCCUUCUUCGCCGGAGGCGCCCACGGAGACAUCAGAAAGUUCUUGUUUGAGCAUUGGAGGGACAAAGACAAGGAAGUUCAGGUUCAUGAGUACCUUCCCAAGGGAACAAACUACCACCAAAUAAUGGGACAGACCAAAUUUUGCUUGUGCCCAAGUGGCUCAGAAGUUGCGAGUCCUAGAGUUGUGGAGGCAAUUUAUGCAGGGUGUGUCCCGGUUCUCAUUUCUUACAACUAUUCGUUACCCUUCGGAGAGGUUCUUGAUUGGAGCAAGUUUUCGAUACAAAUUUCUCCGACGAGAAUAUCGGAGCUCAAGACAAUCUUGAGGGCAGUUCCGCAUUCAAAGUUCUUGAAGUUGCAGAAAAGGGUAAUGCAAGUGCAAAGGCAUUUUGAACUCAACAGACCAGCUAAGCCAUAUGAUGUGUUCUACAUGGUGCUUCACUCACUGUGGCUUAGAAGGCUCAAUAUUGGCCUACCACAUUGAUUAACAAUUUUUUUAUUUUUUAUUUAUUUUUUGAUAAAUUACAUUGAUUUGAUUGCU